AUGGUGAUUGAAAAUCGUCAUUUCAGUUUGAGAGAGAUAGCCGCUGAACUUACGGUGUCUCACGAAUCAAUUCGUACCAUUUUACGCGAUUGUUUGGGCAUGAAACGCGUUGCCGCUCGACUAGUUCCGAAAGACCUCAAUUUUCUUCAAAAACUCAAUCGCGUAAAGGUCGCUGAAGACAUGUUAGAACAAGUUAAUUCCGACCCCACAUUCAUAAAACGCAUUAUAACUGGUGAUGAGACAUGGGUUUACGAGUUUGAUAUGCAAAUCAGUCAACAAGCUUCGGAAUGGCGCCUUCCAACUGAGCUAAAACCGAAAAAAUCACGUCAAAGUCGAUCAAAAGUCAAAGUGAUGUUAACUGUUUUCUUUGAUUGUCGUGGUGUUGUGCACUCGGAAUUUUUGCCAGAAGGUCAGACG